GUCAUAGGUCACUGGGCGGGCUGUGGGCGGGGUCCGCGGCGCCUACCGGGGCGGAGCGGGGGUGGCCGGAGCAGUCUGGACAGUCAUGGCGGCGACGGCGGCGACUGCGGCAGCUGCGGCCCCUGCGCCAGCGCCCAGCACGGACGGCGCCUCUUCCGUGCACUGGUUCCGCAAAGGGCUGCGGCUCCACGACAACCCGGCGCUGCUGGCAGCCGUGCGCGGGGCGCGCUGCGUGCGCUGCGUUUACAUCCUCGACCCGUGGUUCGCGGCCUCCUCCUCAGUCGGGAUCAACCGAUGGAGGUUCCUACUUCAGUCUCUGGAAGAUUUGGACACAAGUUUAAGGAAACUGAAUUCCCGCCUGUUUGUAGUCCGGGGACAGCCAGCCGACGUGUUUCCAAGGCUGUUCAAGGAAUGGGGAGUGACCCGCUUGACCUUCGAAUAUGACUCUGAACCCUUUGGGAAAGAACGGGAUGCAGCCAUCAUGAAGAUGGCCAAAGAGGCUGGUGUGGAAGUGGUGACUGAGAACUCUCAUACCCUCUAUGACCUGGACAGGAUCAUUGAGCUGAAUGGGCAGAAGCCACCCCUUACAUACAAGCGCUUUCAGGCCAUCAUCAGCCGCAUGGAGCUGCCCAAGAAGCCGGUGGGCUCGGUGACCAGCCAGCAGAUGGAGAGCUGCAGGGCCGAGAUCCAGGAGAACCACGAUGAGACGUACGGCGUGCCCUCCCUGGAGGAGCUAGGAUUCCCCACUGAAGGACUUGGUCCAGCUGUCUGGCAGGGAGGAGAGACAGAAGCUCUGGCCCGCCUUGAUAAGCACUUGGAACGGAAGGCCUGGGUUGCCAACUAUGAGAGACCCCGAAUGAACGCCAACUCCCUCCUGGCCAGCCCCACAGGCCUCAGCCCCUACCUGCGCUUUGGUUGUCUCUCCUGCCGCCUCUUCUACUACCGCCUGUGGGACCUUUAUAAAAAGGUGAAGCGGAACAGCACACCUCCCCUCUCCCUAUUUGGGCAACUCCUAUGGCGAGAGUUCUUCUACACGGCAGCUACCAACAACCCCAGGUUUGACCGCAUGGAGGGGAACCCCAUCUGCAUCCAGAUCCCCUGGGACCGCAAUCCUGAGGCCCUGGCCAAGUGGGCCGAGGGCAAGACAGGCUUCCCUUGGAUUGAUGCCAUCAUGACCCAACUGAGGCAGGAGGGCUGGAUCCACCACCUGGCCCGGCACGCCGUGGCCUGCUUCCUGACCCGCGGGGACCUCUGGGUCAGCUGGGAGAGCGGGGUCCGGGUAUUUGAUGAGCUGCUCCUGGAUGCAGAUUUCAGCGUGAACGCAGGCAGCUGGAUGUGGCUGUCCUGCAGUGCUUUCUUCCAGCAGUUCUUCCACUGCUACUGCCCUGUGGGCUUCGGCCGUCGCACAGACCCCAGUGGAGACUACAUCAGGCGGUACCUGCCCAAAUUGAAAGGGUUCCCCUCUCGAUACAUCUAUGAGCCCUGGAAUGCCCCAGAGUCCAUUCAGAAGGCAGCCAAGUGCAUCAUUGGUGUGGACUACCCACGGCCCAUCGUCAACCAUGCCGAGACCAGUCGGCUCAACAUUGAACGAAUGAAGCAGAUUUACCAGCAGCUCUCACGCUACCGGGGACUCUGUCUCCUGGCAUCUGUCCCUUCCUGUGUGGAAGACCUCAGUCACCCUGUGGCAGAGCCCAGCUCGAGCCAGGCUGGGAGCAUGAGCAGUGCAGGCCCAAGACCACUACCCAGUGGCCCAGCAUCUCCCAAACGCAAGCUGGAAGCAGCCGAGGAACCACCUGGUGAAGAACUCAGCAAACGGGCCAGGGUGGCAGAGUUGCCUACCCCAGAGCUGCCAAGCAAGGAUGUCUGAGACUGCAGAGCCCUUGCCCCGUGAGCAAAGCCUGGGUGCCCAAGCAGCCACCACGGCAGCAGAGUACAACCUGCAGAGAAGCUGAUCACCGGACAGAGAUAGAGCGAGCAUGUGUGCGUGUGUGUGCGCGUGUGCAGAGGAGGGAGUGGUGUGCCUGUUUGCGUGUGCAUGCAUCUGUUUACACUCGUGAUUCUGAAUGUUGCCUGGGCUGGAGGAGUACCUGUAGCACACCAGUUGUUUCCCGGCCUCUAGACACAAGGCUAGAGGUUAUGGUAGUGACUUUCAGCCAAGACCUGUUCCUGCAAGCCAGCUGCGUUGUCUGAACAGAUCGUAGUGGUGGACCCUAGCUAGGAUUCUGGCAUCUCCCUCCCUAGACCUCCUUCCUCCCUCCUCACGUCAGACUGUGGAGCAGGAGGGCAGCAGUUCUGGCUGUUGUCCAAAGCAUGGGAUUCUGGAGGCAGCCGGAGCCCUGCCGAGUUCCUGCUUUCUGACAUGGAGGCUGGGCAGGCUGGAGUGGAUGGAUGCUGUCCAGACAUAGCCACCUGGCCUCUCUUUCUUAUUUUAAAAUUCUCUGCUACUGGGCUCAGUCCCGGGGCCUUCCUUGGGCAUCUGGGACUGGGCAUGAGGCCGUAGACAGAUCUAAAAAGUUUCACCACCCUGCAGAAGUACACAGCGACACCUGACUGGGUGUGGGGUAUGCCUGGUACUGUAAUAGGAGCCUAAGACAGCACAUCUACCUUUUCAGGAUAUAGAACCUAAAGUUAGAAAGAGAAUCCCAGCUGUCAUUGUUCCUUCCCCAAAAGCUGAGAGCCAGCCUCAGAGCUUACCCGGGAGCUGUGGAGGGGCCAGGGUCAGACUCAGUCACUCUACCAGGAGGAGACCAGGUUCCAGUGGCAUAAGGCCCCCUGGCUUCUCUGGCCACACUCCAAAGCAACACAGUACUGCCAGUGAGGACAGCUGACACCAGGCCAGGGAAACCAUUCUAGUCUUUGUUCUGCUGGCUUCCAGGGCCUGCCCUGGACUUGUUAGCAUCCAGAAUGCCAUGUCAGCGAUCCCAGCAACUGAGCGCCAAGGACUCAGGCAGAGGGACUCAGGGAUGGGGACUGCUGGGGCAGUUGGCAGAAGACCAAGUAGAAAUCACACCCAGCACACCAUCCCUUCCAGGAGUAGUAGGUGGGAGGUUUGACCCAGAGAAGCCAAGCCUUGCAUUCCAGGAGUGGCCUGUACUUCCCACCUCUUCCUUCCCACUGCCAAAGGCCUGUGUUAAGAAAGAUGUAAUGGAAAGGACAACUGUGGUCACCUAGAGCAAGUCUUCCUUCUUCUACCCUGUGGCCUGCACUUGAGCCACAAAGACUGUGUGUGUGUGUGUGUGUGUGUGUGUGUGUGUGUGUGUGUGUGUGUAUGAGGGGGUACGUGUGUGCGUGUAGCUAUGAGGCUGAUUCCUGUCUGGAUUUUUGUGUGUGUGUGUGUGUGUGUGUGUGUAUGAGGGGGUACGUGUGUGCGUGUAGCUAUGAGGCUGAUUCCUGUCUGGAUUUUUGUCCUCACAUGUAUCAUUAAGCUGGCCUUUGGGCCUUUCCUUUCUACCUCCCCUGUGACCUUUCCUAGCCUCAGAUCUGUUAAUUCCUUUGGCCCCAGCCCUGUCCCUCACUGUCCUCUGUCCUUGGACCAGAACCCUGGGGCCAGACCCAUCUCCUAUAGCUGUCCACCAUAUUGACAGGCUUCUUCCUGAGAUAUCCUCAGGUUUUCUCAGCCAGAGAGCUGCCUUUAGAGUCCAACUGUUGUAUGUAUGUCACCCUCACUAGAAAUGUCCCGUCAUCGUGGGAGUGGAGCAGGGCACAGGUGAUGGUGUGCAUUCAGAGCGUGAGGUUGGGGGCUUCCCUGUUCCCUCAGCUCCAGCCAAGAGGAAAGAGAAUCAGGGGCCAUUGCCAGAAAGAGUCGAAUGAACCUGGAAGGGCAAAUCUGAGACAGUGGGAAGACCAAAUCUGAGGGCAGAUUCAGUAUUCACUAGUAGCGCCUUCAGGUAGCAGGAUGAUUCCUCUUCCUGUUUGAUGCUGGCUCUCUUCACUAAGGUACAGGUUGGCAGGACCACUUACCCCUACUUCACCAUCCCUGGCAUGCCAGCCCAUUCCCAGAUCAACCUGCCAGUGGAGUCAGGCAGUGCACUUCUGGAGCCAGGAGGGGCAGGGUGGGAGAGGCUGUGUCCAGUGGCCUAGAGCUCCACGGUGGCUUCAUGCCUCCCUUCUCCCGGCUCAGGUGGUCCUGAGGGCUCCCUCGAAACAAUGCCCCAAAUCCUGACCCAAGAGCCAGCAUGGGGAAGAGAUGGUUGCAGGGAAAAUGCACUUUACAGAGAUUUUGUAUUGCUGGGAAGGUGUAUUUCUCCCACAGUUUGUUUGUGAAUAUUCUCUUGUUUUAUAAAUGUCUGACCUGUCUGAGUAA